AUGCUGCAGCAGGGCGGCACCAGCACCGCCAGCAUCCACCCGCCCAUCGCCGCUCCCAUGCCUCCCGGAAGCCACACCGACGACCCUCCCUGCCACCGGCCCGCCCAGACCCAGAUGGGCCCGAAGGGCCUAGAUCUGGGCCGAGCGGGCGCCGCCAGAUCGCACCGCCCCGCCGCCAAGGGCAGCGCCACCACCCAGAAGAUCCCCCGCCACCACGCUGGAGAGCACCGCCGCCGCGCCGGACCGCCGUCACCUGGGAGCACCCCGCAGCGCCCACCGCCCCGCGUCAGAGCGACCCGCGAGGGUAAAGGCCAGUGGCCGCCGCCGCCAGCGCCGCCCAGGCCAGGACCGGCGCCGGACGCCAGCGACGGCGUCAAGGAGAGAGGGGAGGGGGAGAGCUCGGGGAGGAGGUGCUGGAGGCGCGACCGGUCGCCCGCGGGGGCGACGGGGUCGCGAGACUCUACUAGUGAUUCAUAUUCUCCCCUUUUACUUUCAGUUUAG